AAAUAGGAGUUUUUUUUAUCUUCUUCUUCUUCUUCUUCCUCCUCCUCUUGACCUCGAAUCUUCCUCUGUCAUCAUCUCAGUCAAAUUCUAAAUCCUGAAUAGUGAAUACGUCGUGGUUUCGCAUCCAAUUUCUCAUUCUUUUGACAAUCAGAGAAUACAGAGCAACCGCCUGAUCUUGCAACUCGAUAUCUGUUACGAAAUUAUAUUCUUGUUGAUGGGGUCAAUUUCCGGAGAGGACUCAUCGGGACCGCCUUCUGCGGCAUCGUCCCCCAAGAGCAGGGUCAAAUUCCUCUGCAGUUUCGGUGGCAAGAUCAUGCCACGCCCCGCAGAUGGCCACCUUAAGUACGUCGGCGGAGAGACCCGGGUCGUCGCGGUUCCCCGCAACAUCAACUUCUCUGAGCUAAUGAAGAAGAUCAAUGCACUCUUCGAUGGUGACUUGGUGCUCAAAUACCAGGUCAUGCCAGAGGACCUUGAUGCCUUAGUCUCUGUAAGGUCUAAUGAAGAUCUCAAGCACAUGCUUGAUGAAUACGAACGUCAAGAAAGGGAAGGAAUCCCCAAGUUCCGAACCUUCUUGUUCCCUUCCAAUCCUGUUGUUACAGAGAACAUUCAUGUCUCCACCAUGGACCAUCCGGCUGUAAUCGAACAACGUUACAUUGAUGCCAUUAAUGGCAUUGCUCGUUCCAUUUCCAACCUAAAACUCCCUCAUAUCAAUGCAAACCGUCCUUCCUUUAGCAUUUCUGCUGCCUCUUCCCCUAAUUCCAACUCCCCAGAUGGAAAUGUUAUUGAUUCUAUUACGCCUUCGGAGCCUGCCUCGAUCAAUGGCUAUCACAACAAUAACAGAUUUCACAUCCACAAAGUCCAUAGCUCUCCCAGCCUUUGCAGUCUCAAUAACUUCCAGCAACAAAGCAGCAGCAACACGAUCAGCAAUCAACAUUACCACCACCAUCACCAACAUCAUCACCAUCAGAACCUCCAACAACAAUACCCACAUCUCUACCAAUCCUUUAGACCACCCCAAGACUCUCAUCGGGUUGGUAGAGGGAAUGAAAGGCUGGUGACCGCUCUGUCAUUGGGUCGACAAGACUUGAGCAACAGCAGGGGAGGUAUUGGUCAUGGGAUUAGCCAAUACCACAAGACAAGUAGUAGGACUAAUAUAAGUUGUGGAAAGUGCAACAGAUGCGGAUACUACGAUGAGUAUUGCUCGAUCUACGGGUGUAGGACUAAUAGAGGGGAUAGUCUUCCCCAGAGUCCUAGAGGGAACAACUGGGAAUGAGAUUGUAGAUUAGGUAUUGAUAAGGGGGAACUGUAUUCUCUUUUUUCCAAUAAUGUAACAAGCAUCCACAGUGGGACCCUUGCAAUUA